AUGAGCCCCUGGACGGCGCGGGGGGCGCCCGCCCUCCUGCUGCCGCCAGUGCCGGUGCUGGUGCAGGUGCUGCUACUGCUGCUGGCGGCCGCGCCCGCCGCGGGCAAGGGCUGUGUCUGCACCGACAAAGGCCAGUGCUUCUGCAGUGGGACCAAAGGGGAGAAGGGAGAGAAAGGUCUUCCCGGACCCCCUGGUUCUCCUGGCCUGAAGGGAUUCCCAGGUCCUGAAGGCUCACCUGGACCACAGGGACCCAAGGGUGCUCCAGGAUGUCCAGGACUCACUGGUCCCAAAGGUGUAAGGGGAAUAUCUGGAUUACCAGGAUUUUCAGGUCCUCCUGGACUUCCGGGCAUCCCCGGCUAUCCUGGACCUUACGGUCCUGCUGGCUUACCAGGAUGCAAUGGUUCUAAGGGUGAACAAGGUUUCCCAGGAUUUCCAGGGACACCAGGCUACCCAGGGGUCCCGGGUGCCAUUGGCUUAAAAGGAGAAAAGGGUGCUCCUGCUGAAGGAGAAGAUGUAGAAUAUGAUGGAAAAGGGGAUCCCGGGCUGCCAGGAGCUCCAGGAUUCCAGGGUUUGCCGGGCCUCCCAGGUUUUCCUGGACCUGUGGGCCCCCCUGGCCCUCCGGGAUUCUUUGGCUUGCCAGGAACCAUGGGGUCUCCAGGACUUAAGGGUCACAUGGGUGAUAAUGUGAUUGGACAAAAAGGAGAACGGGGUGUGAAAGGAUUAAUAGGACCUCCUGGACCACCAGGAACUGUUAUUGUGACACAGACUGGCCCAGAUAACAUAACGGAACUCAAAGGGGAGAAGGGAGAAAAAGGCGCCAUGGGCCAACCCGGACCUCCUGGACCCAGAGGACCACCAGGAGACUCUUAUGGAUCAGAAAAAGGUGCCCCUGGAGAACCUGGUUCACAGGGGAGACCUGGAAAAGACGGGGCCCCUGGGUUCCCUGGCACUAAGGGAGCCAAAGGCAGCAGGGGCUUCCCUGGAUUGAGGGGUGAAGAUGGCAUUAAGGGGUGGAAAGGGGACAUUGGCCCUCCAGGAUUUCGUGGCCCAACAGAAUAUUAUGAUGCAUACGCAGUAAAGGGAGAUGAAGGAACUCCAGGCCCUCCAGGGCCCAAAGGAGCGCGUGGCCCACAGGGACCAGGGAGUUGGCCUCCCGGAGAUCCUGGAAGGCCUGGGUCAUCAAAGCCUGGCCUCAGAGGAGCCCCUGGACCACCAGGCAUGAAAGGAAGUAAAGGGGAGCGAGGACCCCCAGGAAAGGAUGCAGUGGGGCCUCCCGGGGCCCCGGGUUGUCCUGGUUCACCGGGCCCUCCAGGGCUGCCGGGACCUCCAGGACCACCAGGUAACAUCGUAUAUCGCAAAGGUCCCCCUGGACAAGGGGGACCUCCAGGCCACGUGGGGCCUCCAGGAAUCCCAGGUGUCCAUGGGAGCAAAGGGGAGCCAGGCCUCGUGUGCAUAGACUGUCCUUGUGUCCCAGGGCCUCCGGGUCUCCCAGGGCUGCCAGGAUUUGAUGGCGUAAAAGGAACCCCAGGAGGACGAGGGGCAGCUGGCACUAAAGGAAGCCCAGGGUCCCCAGGAAGUGUGGGUCUUCCAGGAUUCCCAGGAUUCCCGGGUGCUCAGGGUGAGCCAGGACUUAAAGGAGAAAAAGGCGAAGCAGCUCAGCCUGAGGGAGAAGCGGGUAGUCCAGGAGACCCGGGGCCCAGAGGGCCGCCUGGCAGAGCGGGCUUGGAUGGAAUUCCUGGAACCCCUGGAGUGAAAGGAUUACCAGGACCUAAAGGCAAACCAGCCCUCCGUGGUGAGAAGGGGGACCCUGGUCCUCCAGGGGAUCCUGGCAUCCCUGGGUCCCCAGGACCCGCAGGACCAGCUGGACCACCAGGCUAUGGACCGCAGGGAGAGCCUGGUCCAAAGGGCGCCCAAGGAGUUCCUGGAGCCCCUGGACCACCUGGAGACGCCGGCCCUAGGGGAGAAUUCAGUGUUUCAACACCAGUCCCAGGGCUCCCAGGACCACCAGGGCUGCCAGGCCAUGCUGGCCCCCGCGGUCCACCUGGCUUCCCGGGACAAACAGGAAAAUGUGAACCAGGUAUUCCUGGGCCUGACGGAGAUCCAGGAAUUCCAGGAAUUGGAUUCCCUGGGCCUCCUGGACCUAAGGGAGACCGAGGUCCUCCGGGAACUAAAGGAUCACCAGGUUGUCCUGGAGAAAUGGGAAAGCCAGGGUUACCUGGAAGUCCAGGCCUCCCAGGAGCCAAGGGAGAACCAGGACUAGCCAUGCCUGGAGAACCAGGAACACCAGGUUUUCCAGGAGAAAGAGGCAAUUCUGGGGAAAAUGGAGCAAUUGGACUCCCUGGACUUCCAGGUCUCCCUGGAAUUCCAGGAACUGGAGGGCUUGAUGGACCACGAGGGGAUCCAGGGAAGCCUGGACCACCUGGAGAAAAAGGACUCUCAGGGAGAUGCACAGAGGGUCCCAGGGGACCCCAAGGACUUCCAGGCUUAAAUGGAUUGAAAGGGCAACAAGGCAAAAAAGGUGAAGCAGGACCAAAGGGAGACCCAGGGAUUCCAGGUUUGGAUAGGUCAGGACUGCCUGGAGAACCUGGACCACCAGGAAUGCCAGGUCAUCAAGGCGAGAUGGGACCACCUGGUCAAAAAGGAUAUCCAGGAAACCCAGGAUUUUUAGGGCCACCAGGUGAAAGAGGAACCAUUGGGAUGAUGGGCUACCCGGGCAACAUUGGCCUUCCGGGGCCUCCUGGGACCCCAGGCUCCCCAGGACAGAAGGGUAGCUUUGGAAUCCCAGGAGCAAAGGGUGAGAGAGGACCCCCAGGAGCCAAGGGGGAGAAAGGAGCUAAAGGACUUCCCGGGCCUUCUCAAAUAUCUCACUUAAAGGGGGACAAAGGAGAACCAGGCCUCAAAGGGUUUACAGGACAGCCGGGUGAGAAAGGAAACAGAGGCAUUCCCGGGUUACCAGGUUUAGAAGGACUCAAAGGGCCACCUGGUCCGCCAGGACCAUCAGGCCCCAGAGGAGAUCCUGGAAGCAAUGGGAAUCCUGGAGAACCAGGCCCCCCUGGAGUGCCAGGAAGCAUGGGGAACAUGGGGUUCCCAGGGUCCAAAGGAAAGAGAGGAACUUUGGGACUCCCAGGUCUCCCUGGAAAAACAGGCUUCCCAGGUAUUCAUGGUUUCCAAGGAGAUAAGGGAGAGCCAGGUUAUUCAGAAGGCACAAGGCCAGGACCACCAGGACCCAAGGGAGAACCAGGAUUGCCAGGUGUCGUGGGAAUGAAAGGAGAAAGAGGGCCACCUGGGCCACCUGGAUAUUCAGGGCCUGCUGGACCUGACGGAGUCCCUGGACAUCCUGGAAGUCCCGGCCACCCAGGAAAGCCGGGUCCUGAUGGUGACAUGGGGUCGAAAGGAAUGAAAGGCUUCCCUGGAUUUCCAGGAACAAAAGGCCCUCCAGGAUUCCCAGGAAACCCUGGACCCAUGGGUAUGAGAGGAGACCAAGGAUGCGAUGGGAUUCCUGGCCCACCAGGAGAAAAGGGAGAAACUGGUUUGCUGGGGGCACUUCCAGGCCCAAAAGGGAAACCUGGUGUUCAAGGAGCGAAAGGAGACAGAGGAGCGCCAGGCUUUCCCGGCCUUCCCGGCAGGAAAGGGACAGUGGGAGACGUUGGGCCUCGAGGACCCCCGGGAGUGCCUGGAUUCCCAGGGCCACCAGGUUUCCCUGGUGCGAUCAUCCCUGGCCAAAAGGGAAACCGAGGCCCACCAGGCCCAAGAGGAAAUCCAGGUGAGCCUGGUCCCCCUGGACCUCCGGGGAGUCACAUCAAAGGCAUAAAGGGAGACAAGGGACUUAUGGGCGAGCCAGGCCCAAGAGGCCCACCUGGAACCAUAGGAGACACAGGGCCACCGGGUCCUCCCGGAGCCCCCGGUACUCCAGGUCUGCCAGGGCCCAGAGGUGACCCUGGGUUCCAAGGAUUUCCAGGCAUGAAAGGAGAGAAGGGUGAUCCAGGAUUUCCAGGAGAAAUUGGACCUCCAGGGCCACCUGGGCCAAAAGGGCCACAAGGUGCACGUGGAGACUCUGGCACAGUUAAGAUCAUCUCCCUUCCAGGAAGUCCAGGGCCACCGGGCAGAGCUGGAGGACCAGGGAUGCCAGGAGAACCUGGGCCACCAGGGCCACCGGGAAUCCCAGGACCCUGUGGGCCAAGAGGUAAACCAGGCAAGGAUGGAAAACCUGGAACUCCUGGACCAAUUGGAGAAAAAGGCAGCAAAGGUUCUAAAGGAGAGCAAGGACCACCUGGAUUCGAUGGACGGCCAGGUUUGAAGGGGAUACCUGGUGACAUCGGACCACCUGCAACCGGGACAACGAUGAGAGGCUUUAUUUUCACCCGCCAUAGUCAGACCACAGCAAUUCCUUCCUGUCCAGAAGGAACGGAGCCACUCUAUAAUGGGUUCUCUCUUCUUUUCAUACAAGGAAAUGAACAAGCUUAUGGACAAGACCUGGGAACUCUUGGAAGCUGCCUACAGCGAUUUACCACAAUGCCAUUCCUAUUCUGUAACACCAAUGAUGUAUGUAAUUUCGCAUCUCGAAAUGAUUAUUCAUACUGGCUGUCAACACCAGCUCCGAUGCCAAUGGACAUGGCUCCAAUUACUGGCAGGGCCCUGCAGCCUUAUAUUAGCAGAUGCACUGUCUGUGAAGGUCCUGCGAUUGCCAUAGCCAUUCACAGCCAAACCACAGACAUUCCCGCAUGUCCCCAUGACUGGAUUUCUCUCUGGACAGGAUUUUCUUUCAUUAUGUUCACAAGCGCAGGUUCUGAGGGCUCUGGGCAAGCACUGGCAUCCCCGGGAUCCUGCCUGGAAGAAUUCCGAGCCAGUCCAUUCAUAGAAUGUCAUGGAAGAGGAACAUGCAACUACUAUUCAAAUUCCUACAGUUUCUGGUUGGCUUCAUUAAACCCAAAAAGAAUGUUCAGAAAACCUAUUCCAUCAACUGUGAAAGCUGGGGAGUUAGAAAAGAUCAUAAGUCGCUGUCGGGUGUGCAUGAAGAAAAGACAAUGAAGAAAUCAAUGAAAAUAGAACUGUUAUUUUUCAUCUUCAAUAAUCAAUUGCUUUGGAAGUGAAGAUGUGGCCCCAGAGGACAGCACAGACUGUGACCACGGUCCGCAUCCUCCACUGCUCAAAUGACUCCUGUCAAGCCAUUUUCACACUUAAAUGAAGAAGCA